CUGCAAAACGAUAAUUAUUUUUUUCCAGACGGCGGAGAAGAUGAAGAAAGUAGUGAAAGUACGGAUCGGAGCGCAGGAGGCGGUGGUGAUGGUAGCGGGAGAGCAGAAGAGGGAGAAAGUGGCGGUGCUGAUGAGGGAGGAUAUGAUGGAGGUGGAAGUACCAGAAGGAUUGGUGGAGGAAGCUUUGAAAGAAAAGCUGGUGCCGGUUUCGAUACAUUUGCCACUGUACGAGGCUCUGCUGGUGGUCAUGCUAAAAAAGUUUGCCCACCUGGACCACGUGGGCCACCUGGCACACCUGGAGAAAGAGGAGAAGAUGGCCUUGAUGGCUUGCCUGGAACACCAGGUCCAGAAGGUACAUAUGAAAGUCCAAAAAUAGGCCCCUGCGCACCGUGCCCUGCAGGUCGACCGGGAUUUCCAGGAUAUAAAGGAAAACGAGGGCCGCGUGGUACAACCGGUGAGAAAGGAGCUCCAGGAACUCCAGGUAAAGAUGGAGAACCUGGCGAAGAAGGACCGGAAGGCGAUUUUGGACCAGCAGGUCCUCAAGGUCCAGCCGGUCAACCAGGGUUGUCUGGUGAAGACAGCUUUGGGUAUGCGCGUGGUGCGCCGGGACCAAAAGGAGACACAGGGCCACAAGGGCCAGAGGGCGAUCAAGGACCUCCUGGAGAAAGAGGGGAUAAGGGCGAAUCAGGGUUGCCUGGUGAAGCAGGACGUCCUGGACCGCCAGGAGAAGAGGGAAGCACAGGCAAUACUGGAACACCGGGGAAACACGGAGCUGCUGGUCAGAGUUACAGUUUUAUUCUGACUCUCAAAUGA